CUCCCCAUCCUGGGAGGUUGCCUCUGGCUGUGCUUAUCUGAGGACCAACACUUUUGGGGUGAGAACCACCUAGAGCAGGGCAAAACCCAUGCAUGCUUUGCUUCUGCUAGGGUUCAGGUGGAAAGAUCUGCGCUGCAGUGAAGGCAGAGCCUUGCUCUUGCUGAUCACUCCUGGGAGAGCCUCAAUGGUGGCUGUCCCAGAUGGAAAAAGAAUCAUAAAAUCAUAGAAUUGUUCAGUUGGAAAAGACAUUGAGUCCAACCGUACUGGCCAGUACUAAACCAUCCCUGAGCACCUCAUCUGCCUGUUUCUUAAACACCUCCAGGGAUGGGGACUCCAGCAGUUCCCUGGGCAGCCUCUGCCAGGGCCUGAGAACCCUUUCCAUGAAGAAAUUUUUCCUGAUAUCUAAUCUAAACCUGCCCUGAGGCAACUUGAGGCCAUUUCUUCUCAUCGCAUCAUUUGUUGCUUGGGAGAAAAGACCAACAUCCCCCUCUCUACAACCUCAUUUCAGGCAGCUGUAGAGAGUGAUGAGGUCUCCCCUCAACCUCCUCUUCUCCAGGCUAAGCGACGCCAGCUCCCUCAGCUGCUCCUUAUAACUGUGUCCUUCAGUCCCUUCCCCAACUCUGUUCCCUUCUCUGGACGCGCUCCAGCCCCUCAAUGUCUUCCUUGGUGUGAGGGGCCCAAAACUGGACCCAGGAUUCAAGGUGCAGCCUCACCAGCACAGGGGUACAAUCACUUCUUUGGUCCUGCUGGCCACGCUGUUUCUGAUACAACCCAGAUACCACUGGCCUUCUUGGCCACCUGGGCCCCUGCUGCCAGAAGCCUGCACUGUCCCUUCCUCUGCUGGAAUCCCUGGGCUUGGGAGGUCUCUGCUUCAGCUUUCAGCUCCAGGCAGGGCAAACCUCAAAGCUAGCAGAGUUUUUUUUCAUUAAAAAUCAAUGAGGUUGCUCAGGGCCGUACCCAGCUAAGACACCAUUCUCAGAGGAGAAACAAACGUGCAUCUACAUGCAAAGAAAGUCACAUGUAAUUGCAACAAGUGGUCUCUUUCUAACACUCUGUGGAAGGGAGCAGAAGAGCGUUAGGGGUAUUUUUGUCCUUGAUAUUAAGUUCUUCACAUAUUUUGGGGUUUCCUGCAUGGUGCAGGCAAAGGAAGUGUGAAACAAGAACAGCAAAAUCUUGCUCUGGUUGCUGUCCUCUGCUUGGUCGCUGUCAUGCUCUCUUUUCAUAUCCUAAAGGCUAAGAAGUAGAAAUAAAUCCCACCACAGAGGCUCAGAGCUUUGGUGCCCAGAGCCCAGAUUACCUGAGCCUCAGAGGAGACAUGGGUACCCUUAUUUCUCAACACAGACCUCGUGUCAAAGAUAAAAACCUUAUUGUGUGAAAAAGCUGACAGCAAAGGAAGCCCUGGCUUGGAGUUGGCUAGUGAAGGUCAUGUUUUGGGAUCCACUUUUCUAUUAUUACAGGAGCUGAAAUGAGGACAGGGAGAGGUAUCCCUAAAUCCCCUCUGUUGCUCCUAUCUCUAGAUCAUUUAAGUAUCUCCAUUGCUGCUUUCAUUUCUAGUCAUUUAUUAAAUGUGGUCCUUACUUGCUCACAUUUUUCCCACAGAAAGGGGGGGUUGUAUUUUCUGGUACUUGUGUUGACCUGGAAGGAGCCAAGUCCGGGGUGCUCUUGGCCUUUCUGGAGCUGGUCCUGUGGGGACCUAGGUUCAGGGCUGCAUCUCAACCAUAUCUCAGUGCCGGGGAAUGGUGGUAAACAAGGAAGUGCUGGUGCUGGGGUCCACAGCCCACACUAGGUCCCCCUCCUUGGAUUGUUUCAGCAGGUAUGUCUGCCGUACAUCGUAGAAAAGAAGGAUCCAGGAACUUAAAAGCAGAAAGGGAUGUGGAUUGCAGCCUUGAUGAUUCAGUUUGGGAAGGAUCAUGGAAUGGUUUGGGUUGGAAGGGACCUCAAAUCCCAUCCAGUUCCACCCCCCUGCCAUGGGCAGGGACACCUCCCACAGAAUCAGGUUGCUCAAAGCCCCAUCCAACCUGGCCUUGAACCGUCCAGCCUGGCCUUGAAACUAGCUUCCAGCCAUGCUCCCCUUCCACAAGGCUAGAAACUGAACUCUCCAAAGCACUUCUGAGAUUGCCCAUACAAAGACCUUCCUCCCACCACCCGAGAGGUCCAGAUCCAGGAGGUGAGAGCUGCAGCCUCACCCCAACACUCUCCCUGAACACCCUCUGCGUAGAGAGGCCACUUCCCACAGAAGAAACCUCACGCAUUCAUCUCUAAUUUUAGAUGCCUACUAAUUGCCUAGGAUUAAGCUAAUUGUUUGGGCUCUCUUAUUUUCCAUGGAGAGGAACAGGCACUUCCCAUUCACCCAGAGCUCUUGGGAACCUGUCUGAGGAGGGACUGAAUCGCUCCCUAGAGAUAUUCCUGUCUCGCUCUUCGGUGCAGAGCAAGCCCAGGCAGUGAAUUCAGGCUGAGACAACGAACCUUUUGAUCUCUGAAGCUCACCAGGUGAAACUCGCAGUGGCUGAGUGUCCACAUGCAUCUCACAGCAGAGCUGGGCAGGAAAGCGAGUUGAAGUUACCCCUUCAUUGUACCCUUUCCAGAAUUCCAUGGUCUUGAUUUUAUACCUUUAAUAGGAUGCCUUUAAUAUAACUCUUUCAUGAAAAAGGUAUUAAGAGGGACUAAGAGAAAAAUAAGACUUUUAGUCACACAUGUGGUUACCAAACCAUCUAUCUGUGAACCUGCAAACAAGAGGUGCUGUUCAGGCUUUUCUGGCUGAGUUCAGCAAACAAAGCUCUAGGGAAGGCAGAUUGCAUCUCUGGGGCAUGUAUCACAAAAUCAUGGAAUGGUUUGAGUUGGAAGGGACCUUAAAGCCCAUCCAGUUCCAUCCCCUGCCGUGUGCUGGGACACCUCCCACUGGAUCCAGUUGCUCCAAGCCCCAUCCAACCUGGCCUUGAACACCUCCAGGGAUGGGGCAGCCACCACUGCUCUGGGCAGCCUGAGCCAGGGCCUCACAACAAUAGGUUUUUUUCUUAAUAUCUCAUCUUAAUCUCCCCUCUCUCAGCUUAAGACUCCCCACUCAUCCUCCCUGAUCAAGACACCCUCCCCAGCCUUCCUGCAGCCCCUUUCAGUAUGAGGAGGCUGCUCUAAGGUCUCCCCGCAGCCUUCUCUUAGUGUGGUCUAUGCAAAUGCAUCCUCAGCUGCUGAACUGUGCCUGCAUAAAGAAUCUUUUCCAUUAUCAAAGAGGAAAAUCAAGGUCUAAAAUAAUUCUGGUGCAAUCAGAGCUGAGAAAAAAAAAUCACUGAGCUGAAAGCCACCUCCGGUCAGGAGGGUUAUCAUAGGUCACAAACCACCGCAAGCUCAUAUCAGAUAGAAACACAGCGUGAAAUCAGAGCCAUGUAAAGUAUAUGCUGUCAGUGUCAAAGCAAAUUAAAAUAAACAUGACAGUGCAAAUGGAAUUAACAUUUUGUGUUCUAAUUUUAACAGGGAUUUAUCUUACAAUAAAAUCCUGUUGGUUGAGGAACAUGCAUUUGAGCCACUUCCUUUUGUGCAGCUUAUGUGAGUUUUAAAAGUUUCUUCCUAGUGUAUUUACUUGCCUUUAUAGCCUUCUUUUUGUGCUGGAAAAUGUGCCUGUUAUUUUUAGAACAAUGACUACAUUUCUCCUGCUAAAAGAUUGAGCAGGAGAGAGCAAUGCGGACGGCUGGGUGACCCACAACAGGAUGAGAGAUCAGAGCCUGGUUGUCCAAACACAGCCAUAACAGAAGCCAAGUCUUGAAGGCUCACUGUAUCCUGGACCAGAAAUAGAUUGCGCACAUGUGCACUUCAUUUCCUCUCCUCGACAGGUUAAAUGAAAUGAGAAAGCGGGAGUUUCCUCCCUAUUCUAACUUGGAUUUGCAUUUUUCCUACAAAUCAAUGCUUCUUCGCUUCCACUUCCUGUAGGACAGACUAAACUCAUCUCUGUGAUCUUUUUCCCCAGAAAUCUUGGAGGAAAUCUCAUCACGCAGAUCCGGAACGGCACUUUUCAGGCAUGGCAUGGGAUGCAGUUUUUGCAGAAGCUGAUCCUGAGUCAUAACCCCCUGUCCAUUAUUGCUGAUACAUCAUUCUAUAAGCUGUCUUCAAUCAAAUAUCUAGACCUGGGUGCAACACAAGUGACUCAACAGACAUUGCUCAUGCUCCUACAGACAACAGUCAGCUUGAAAACACUUGAGCUGCCCAGUGAUACGGCUUGCUGCCUCUGCCAGGAGGAAUGCACCACUGAAACCCCAUGCAGGACCAUCGAGUUCCACUGCAAGAACCUGUGCACCGCCAGUGCUCCCCAGUGCGCCUGCACAGAUCCGCUGGCAGAGACACGAGGAGAAGUAAUGGAAGUGGUACGGUCCAGAGAACUGAACGCCAGAAUGGUGGUGAACCUCAAACCCCAGGAGCCUUCACUUGGAGACCAUGAAACCGUAACACUUGUGAUUGCCCUGAGCCUGACCAAUAGUGAUCUCAGUAAUCCAAAUGAUCCUGUUUCCAGAACACAUUCCUAUUCCCCUCAGCACCUCUCUAGGCAGGAAGGCAAAACCAGCAAGAAGCUGAUGCUGAUGCUGCACAGCAUCCAGCACAUGAGCUGGACCAGUGAAAGUGAGAUAAGAAAACUCUAUUUUCUAGCAAAGGCGCUAGCAGACGAGCUCAAGAAGAAGCUGUGCAAGGCUAAAAGCGUCGUGACUGUGAAAAACACCACAUCACCGCUGCCAACACCUCUCACACAGAGGCACAAGGUGCAUGAGAUCCCAGCGGUGCAGGGAGAGACAAGCCAGGGCUGGGUGCAGAAGCCAGGUUUGAACCAGGCAGCGUCAAACCUCCAGGCAGCAGUGGGCAGGUCAAACCCCACUGACAAUGUCUUCAUCUUCAGCCAUCGCAAGAUAUCCACAUCUCCUUCAAAACACUCCCUUUUGCACUCCCCAGCAGAGGCCCCUCAUUUUAAGAUUCAAAGUUACUCUGAUGCUGUGGAACAGCGGAAGAAAACUUAUGGACUGGAGGGUGUGGAGGAUGUAGGAGUAGAGGGAGCACCAUCUCCGAGGCAGGACCAUGUCUGGACUCACAGAAAGCCCAAGCAGGGUGAUAGCCCCCAUCUGAGUAAAAGUUAUCAGCUCUUCCACAAGAUGCUUGGCAAUGGGAAUCCAGAGGAAAAGCCCACACCAACACAAAGUAAAGCAGAGCAGAGGCUAAACAAAAAAUGGCGUUUUAUCUUUAACCUGUUGGUUAACAACAUCCCCUCUGCAGUAAGCAGCACACUAGAGGACACGGCUGGAGAUGAGGACUCCUCUCUAGGUGGGCAUUUACCAGUGGUUCCUCGAACAUCAGAAACACACUGGAAGCAACAAGAGGAAGGAUCCAGUUUCCUCAAUAAACCAGGGAGCUCCAGCAGCCCAGACAACACGCUGGUUCAAGAAGACCUCUUUGAAACCAAGGCAAAUCGUCAGCUGUACUUGCUCGUCCCAGACAAAGCCCUGCGGACAUUCAUCGCCCACGUGGUGCAAGUCCUGAUACUGGACUGCAGACUGCCUGAGCUCUGGCCAGCCUGCACAAAGCUGGUCUCGAAGACAGGGCUGCUCAUAAAGCUGCUCGGCAAGAGGCAAAAGGACCAGGGAGUCUCUGCUCUAGUGGACCAGUGUCUCCUGGAAGGGAAUGUUCCCAAUGGCAUGGCCCAGGCCAGGGAGGAAGGCAGGAAACAUAGAGAAAAGUGGAAACUAGAGUGCAUCUCCGGUGACAGGCUACUGCUAGUGAUAUUCAUCUCUGUCAUCAUCACAAUUAAUUUCGUGGCCAUUUGUCUCCUCAAGGUUUGCUGCAAAAAAACUGCAGCCAAUUCCCAACCCCGAAGCUCCAGAAAAUCCCACCGGAGAUGCUUCUUUCAAAAUCUCCUGCCCCAGGGAUGGUGCAAGGACAAGAUCAACAUUAGAGAGCAGGGCUGUGACCUCUCAGAUGUGAGCAACCCCAAACCGCAUUGGCUUAGAGACCUCUAUCAACCCCUUGACUCCCAGCAUACAAAAUGCGUAGCAGAGCUGUACGAUGAGGAGACCUCGGAGGAGGAGGUGGAGAUUUUCAACAAGUUCAACCUAAUCUGGAUGCCCACAGCGCUCCAGGAAAGCUGCAAUCAGUGGAAAAUCCAGCUACCAAGAGACCAGAUGACUCUGCCUUGUUGCUCUGAAGCACCCCAAGAGAUGGAGCUUUGGUCCCGCUGCCUGGAGAGUGAUGCGAUGGGAGACCAUGUGCUCAGGAUACCCCAAAGCUCAUCCCAGUGGGAUGGGAACAGGAGGGCUACGAGGGAUGGGGAGCUCUUGUAGGGCUCUGGGAGCAGCAGUGGGUGCCGAGUGCUACAGCCAUGCAGCCUCCAUCCAUGUGUGGGUGCACUGUUACCAGGAGGGGACAUCCCCAUGCCCCGAAAAAGGAACUGGAAGCAGCUCUUUCCUGCAGGAAGGGAGCGAGAGGCUGACAACAGUGCCCUUUGCGCCCCAUGGUUGGAUAAAGAUGUUGUGUUUGUGUAACAGCAGCAAAGUUCUUCCAAAAUUAGUUUUAAAAUAGGCAGGGGUUUCAUUCAGCGCAGCCUGCAAGCAUGCACAUGUGUGCCCAGGCCUGUGCACACACGCAAACAUGCACGUAGCUGCAACAGGAGGGUCACGAAUGGAUGGUGGGGAGGAGGCUCUGCUGGAGGGGCGAGCAUCGACCCCUGCACCCGUGGCUGUGAGGGCAUGUGCCUGUACAUGUGUGUGCAUGCAUGUGAGUACAUUUGUGUAGGGUAAGCCUGCCUACAUGUCUGUCUGCGUCCGCCCCAUACGUGUGCAUACAUGCACCGGAGUGUGUGCAUCUGUGCAUGGGUGCCUGCCGUGUGUGUGCUUGUAUGCCUGUUUGU